AUGUCGUUUUUGAUUCAUAAUCAGAUUGCUGGUGACGAAAUAUCUGUCGAUGUUGAACCACAAAAUUUUCCCAGCUAUUGGAAAUAUCCAGUACCUUUUUAUGGAAAUACAUUUGAUGGACUUGAGUCUCUUCAAACAUUGAAUUUAUCAAACAAUGGGUUACAAUCGAUUAAUAUUGAUGCAUUCUUAGGAUUGAAGAAUCUUAAAACAUUAUUAUUAGAUCAAAAUUAUUUACAAAUGUUAUCAAGUGAUAUACUCAUAAGCCUAAAAAAUAUUGAAAAAUUAUCAGUGACAUCAAAUCAAUUGGAAAAUCUUGAAGAUGAUGUAUUUUGUAAUUCAUUGAGACUCAAAGAACUUGAUAUAACACCUGGAGUAUUUGCAGAGCUACAAUUGAAUGUGUUGAAUUUAGAAUACAACUAUCUUCAAGAACAUGAUAUUGAAUCAAUUAAAGUGAAUACUUGGGCUAAUUAUACAUUAUGUGAUCAUCAAUAUUAA